CGCAGACGCAGCAUGGAGCCGUACACGGUCCCCGGAGCGCAGAUCUCCCUGUCAGACCUUUACUCGGUCAUCCCCUUCAACGUGACCUUCCCGGACGAGGAGAGCGUCCUGAUGGGCGACAGGACGCAGAAUUUCACCGGGCGACGCAGCCCGGCCAAGUGCGCCGGGGAUAUAAUCGUGGCCAUCUCCAUCACGGCGCUUUACUCCGUCAUCUGUGUGGUGGGACUUCUGGGCAACAUCCUCGUCAUGUACGGGGUUGUCAGAUACACCAAGAUGAAGACGGCCACGAACAUCUACAUCUUCAACUUGGCUCUGGCCGACGCCCUGGCCACGAGCACGCUGCCCUUCCAGAGCGCCAAGUGCCUGAUGAACACGUGGCCGUUCGGCGAGGUCCUCUGCAAGCUCAUCAUCGCCAUCGACUACUACAACAUGUUCACCAGCAUCUUCACCCUGACCAUGAUGAGCGUCGACCGAUACAUAGCCGUGUGCCACCCGGUCAGGGCACUGGAGUUUCGGACGCCGGCGAAGGCCAAGCUGAUCAACGUGCUCGUCUGGGUCUUGUCCUCGGCGAUUGGCGUGCCCAUCAUGAUCAUGGCUGUGACGGACACGUCAGCAGAAACCGGUGUAACCAGGUGUACGCUGAAGUUCCCUGAGCCCGAAUGGUAUUGGGACACCGUGACCAAGAUCUGCGUCUUCAUCUUUGCUUUCGUGGUCCCUGUGAUGGUCAUCACCAUAUGUUACGGCCUGAUGAUCUUGCGUCUGAGGAGCGUCCGUCUGCUCUCGGGCUCAAAGGAGAAGGACCGCAACAUGCGUCGCAUUACCCGCAUGGUCCUGGUGGUGGUGGCAGCCUUCAUCAUCUGCUGGACCCCAAUUCACAUAUUCAUCAUCGUGAGGACCAUGGUGAAGGUUGACAGCAGGAAUCCCUUCGUCAAUGCCAGCUGGCACCUGUGCAUCGCCUUGGGCUACACCAACAGCAGCCUCAACCCCGUACUCUACGCGUUUUUGGACGAGAACUUCAAGCGAUGCUUCAGGGAUUUCUGCCUUCCUUGUCGGACCCACGUAGAGCAGAACAGCCUGACGAGAGGUCGCAACACUACCAGGGAGCCGGUGUCUGUGUGCGGUCCCACCGAGGCGGGGAAGAAGCCGGCAUGACUAGGCAUGGACUGGGUCCCCCAUAGCUCUCGCUCCAGGAGGAUCCAACAAGAUCUGCAGUCGGAAGUCACACAGAUCUCAACAACAGAGUUUUGAGAGAUCUUUU